GAUCUCCUCAUCAUCGUUUUGUUGUUGUCUGUGUUUACAGUCACCGUGGCUGACUUGAUUACUUCCCCGUGCUUGUCCCUCGCUAAAUUUACAUGAUUUUGGCUCCUCUCUAAGGCCGCUUGUCUUGCGACUCGGAGCUUCUUCACCCGCUCCUGAAAGAUGAAUCCUCACAUAUCCGUUCCCCGCCAACAUGCUAGUCCAUCGAACUUUGGCGGUACUGCGCCCGCCAGUCGCAGAUCGAGUAUACGGUUGCCUCGCUUCUUCAAACGGCUAUUCAAAUUCCCGCAGAUGGAUUUCGAGAUGGCAAUAUGGGAGAUGGCAUCUCUGUUGAUUGCGCCCAAGAAAGUUUUCAAGUCGAUAUAUUAUCAUAAACAAACGAAAAAUACUUGGCAUCGCCCCGACCCAUCUUUCACUUAUCUGCUUUCCUUCUUCCUCCUUCUCACGGCGCUCGCCUGGGGUCUCGCCUAUGCGCCAUCAUUCGGAUCCAUUGUGCGGCUGUCUCUUAUCUUCAUCUUCAUCCAUUUCAUUGGAUCCUCGCUUCUGGUCUCCUCGAUAGGAUAUUUCAUCAUUCCCCGGCUAUUUGGACCUGAUGGCGCUGCGGCUUCGCUGACAGGGUUUCGAGGUAGUCGCGGACGGCGGCGCGGCGCAGCCCAGGGCCUGUUCACACAGCCCGGCGAGAAGGAACAAUUGGAGUUUGGCUAUUGCUUUGAUGUAGCAAACCGGGCAUUCUUCCCUCUGUAUCUGCAUCUAUAUGUAGUGCAGUUUCUUCUUCUACCACUGCUCACCCGCAGUCCAAGCAAUUUCUUAGCUAUUUUCCUCGGCAACACGCUUUACCUGUCCGCAUUGACAUAUUAUACCUACAUCACGUUCUUGGGAUACAAUGCACUCCCAUUCUUGCAUAACACCGAGCUGCUUUUGCUCCCUAUUUUGGCAUUCGCGAUCAUGUGGCUUAUUUGCCUGAUUGCAGGAUGGAGUCUGGUCAUGCAAGGCUGGAGUGUGGAGGGCUUGGUCUGGGGUGCAUAGUUAUUGCCUGGUGCUCGAGCGGCUCGGGCUGAAUUGUGUCUGUUCUGCUCCAGCCCAUGCCUCUUUUCUUCAUCAUGUCUACAAUUUCAGCAAGCCUUUAUGAUUUUCUGCUCAGCGGUGGCGUAUAUGUGAUCUUGUGUUGGUGCUGCAACUACUAAGGUCAGUCAUUGUCCGUUGGCCUAACUUAGUGUCUUUCCCAUUUGUUUAAUCUAAAGAGGACAAACCGGGUUCUGGUGGAUCAAGAGCCCUGUUUAAUAUUAUAGUCCGUCCUCCAUGAACUGUGACCACUAGCUGGAGGAGUAUGUCCAUCCUGAUACUAUGCAGUACGACUCGUCGUUGUAUAACGGGUCUACUUACCUAGAUUAUGGAUGUAGUUAGGGGGUAUUAGCAAGAACUUGAAAGAAGAUUUAAG